CAGCCAUCAGGUACGCUCAGAAUCGAAUGCAGCUGGCCGCCGGCGAGGCGCUACGAGAUGCUCUUCCUCGGCCCAAGAUCGAGCCUUCCGCCUUGUGCCUGGAGACGUCACUGCUUUGAGCGGCGACAGGAGACGGAUAAGUAUAGCGCGCCUCCUGAGCCAGAACGCCGCAACAGGAGGAAGAGGCUUCUGCCUAGACCUUCUGUGCGCCAAGUGCAUCGCACCCUGAAUAGCCUCCUCAACGGGCGAAGCCGGAUGGGGAGCACGUUCGCGACGCUACGAGGGGGCUUGCAGAAGGAAGACACGGCACGGUCCAGCUCGCGAGGCGGCACGUCGAGAUGGCGGGAGAGGGAGCGGCUCGGCACAGCCACGGCAAGCCCCCUCUCUUCUAUCAAGGGGCAAGCUUCAGCCCCGACGCUGAUCCGACGUCGUCCCGAGAGUUCACGCAGUUGUCAGGCUCAUGCGCGUUCCUGGAGGUGCCUUGCAAGAGGAGGGAAACGAGGCCUGCGCUGGAGGCAGUGCUGGAGGCAGUGCUGGAGGCACUGCGCUGCCUGCCGGCUGUGUCUGGCCACGGCUGCGAGUCAAGCUGCCCCAGCCCCCGGACGCCGGUGCCGAGCCUCCACGGCACGGCAUUCUUUGGACAAGGUGACUUCCAGGCUGUGUCUAGUGCUACACCCUGAUUUGGGUGCUCUGCCGGCGUGCGGUUCCCCUCUCACGACGCGAUCGAUCAGGAGCUUCCGCACUGAAAGCUCGCUAGCCGCGAGGGCGUAAUGGCCUCCUGUCUGCAUCGUCGAUCCAGACCGAAGAGGAGGC